AGCACAUCUAUCGAAUUCAUUUUCAGCACAGUCCCAAAAGCAGCUGUCCCUGAUUCGUGGAAGCUAGCAAACGACGAAGUCUAUAUUGAUCCAAGAAAUGUUGAUAAAGAUAAAGAAUCGAAUUUUAGUAUGUCCUCAACAACGUAUGUAACCGAAGCACUGGCUGGACCAACCAGUGCACGUGGUUCCACAUAUUCAUAUACGUAUGAAUCACAUUAUGAUGAACCAUCAACGUUACAAGAGGAAGAGCGAGGAGGUCGAGGGAACGAGAUCAAUAUAGAAGAAGCAGAUGAGAAUGAUAAGAUGAUGCUUUUGUUGAGGAGGAAUGCGGGUAGUCAAAAUGAUUCAACGACGAUAUCGAACAAUAUGCAGAAUGUGUUGAGCACUAAUCAGAAUGAUAAUGAUAAUAUGAAUGAUCAUGAUAAUGAUUUAAUAAUCAAGAAUACCACAUAUAAAAUUGAUAGUGGGGGCGAGUCCACUGAUGGAGAGGUUGAAAGACUUUCAACGCAAACGCAAAAGAUAACUCGUGUAACAAAAGUAACGACAACACGGUCGGUACGACAACUUCCAAUAACGAUUGGCUCAGAAACGAAUUUCUAUUUUGACGCUGAUGGAAGUCCAAUGCCUUUGGCUGAUAGUGAUGGUCGUAAUGCUGCAACUACAUCGUCAGCAGUGAUUUAUGAAAAUGUUCCGUAUUCGGAUGCUGAACUAAUGGCAUUAGGUAUUGAUUUAUCAAGCAAACGAGGAGCUGAUAGGCGAUCGGCCAAUCUUGAUGAUAGUGAUAAUGCAAGAACAACAAGACAUGCCGCCGCCACCACCACAACAGCAACGUCCACCAGCGCGUAUUCUUCCAGUGCUGCUUUUAAUACCCCGUCGCCAGCCCCGGCCGCAGCGACGUACACUAGUGAAGUUUUUAUGUUUGGAGUACACGGCAAAAGUGCAAUUGGACCAUCAUAUAACGAAGAAGAGUUGACUAGAACCAUAUCAUCAUCAGUUCAUUAUGAUUUGCCUGCUCGUGCGGGCACACCACAAAUCACGAAUAAACAAACUUUUCAGGUGGAAUUGCGACGAAUUGGAUCAAAUGAAUGGAUUAGAGUGUUUGAUUUCUUAAUAAAAGAUACUCAUUGCACAAUAUCGAAUUUGGAUCCGAUCUAUAAAUAUGAAUUUCGAAUAGUAUCUGCGAAUUCGUUCGGUUUUGGCCUGCCGUCAAUGCCUUCAACCAUCGUACAGUUGAAAUCUCACUAUGAUUCAACCACAAACAUUGGUGAAUGGCGUGGUACUAUACCGGGUCGUCCGUAUGUUUGUAGAAUGGACUCUGAUCGUGUGACACUUGAAUGGGCGCCUGCAGUUGCCGAUCCGGAUGUGGCACCUGUCGCUGGUUAUGAGGUUGAGUACCGUACGAUCGGCAUGAGUGAUUGGCUACAAUCGAAUGAUUACUUAGUGGGAGUGUGUCAUUAUGAAGUGCAAAAUUUACGACCGAACGGUGAAUAUGAAUUUCGUGUGCGUGCACGUAGCGCAGACGCAGUUUCGGACGCAAGUCCAUCGUCGGGAAUCGUUCGUAUCAAACCGGCUGUACCGUCCAGAGGCGUGGGAACAUCUUCGAUCCAGUCGGCUAUUGAUCUUUGCCCUCCCGGUCAACCGCAGGUUGAAGAACUGGAUACAGAUUGGGUGAAACUGCGUUGGGAUGAAGCUGGAGAGCCGAACGACGCCGAAUACGAGGAAAAGCUGACGUAUAUUGUUGAAUAUCGAGAAAUUGGUGACCCAUUAUGGUACACGGCGAAUACAACACCUAUUCAUGGUACUACAUAUACAGUGAGUCGUUUACGUGCCAGUUCAACGUAUGAAUUCCGAGUGUUGGCCUACUGCGAGCAAACCGGUAGUUAUUCAUUGCCAUCGCCAUCCUCAGAAAUAGUGCAGCUAAGACCGACAUUGAACAAGCCAACCACCUCAACUCUACCACCUUCUAAACCCCUUCCGCCCGAAUACGUCGAUUUCGAAGGUACCGAUCGUGUCACUCUAUGUUGGUUCCCUGCAGCUAGCUCGUUACCCAUUGACGGUUAUGACGUUGAAUUUCGUGAUUAUCAACAAGAUUCUGCGUGGUAUCGUGUCAACGAACUGCUGAUACACUCAUGUAAAAUGACUGAUGGAGGGGAUACAAAAUACAUAGAAGCUGAACGUUAUGGGCCAGUACCAUUAUUACAAGAUGAAAUGGUACGUGAAUCGCCUCCCUUACCAGAUAGAGAUGACUCGCCCCCGCCGAUCAACCGAAGGCAUCUUAUGAAAGGAAAAGAUGGAUUACAUUGGCGUGACCCAACUCUUCGAGAGGUGAUCGAAUAUUUAGAAAGUAAGGAUAAGGUGGAACAGUUGAAUGCAUCUGGUUAUUUACAGCAUUUAACUUUUAAUGAUAAUGCUAUUAAGGAGGAAACAAGAGAGUUAAAAGGAAUACCGAAGUUGGUGAAAUUAUUGGAUAGUGAUGUGAGUGAUAUACAAAAGAACGCUUGUGGUUGUUUGAAGAACUUGUCGUUUGGCAAAGAGAACGAUAAUAAUAAGAGAGCAAUAAGAGCAGCCGGUGGAAUUGCGGCUCUCACAACAUUACUGACGCAGACAUCGGACGCACAUGUUCGUGAAGAAGAUACGGCCGUUCUGUGGAAUUUGUCAAGUUGUGAUGUUAGCUUAUUUCUUGAUUUGAAAACGUCAAUUCUUGAUCAAUGUUCUGAUGCGAUCGUGCAAAGUGUAAUCGUACCCGGCUCGGGAAUCGACAAUCCUCCACCAGAACCUGAGCUAAGUCGAUCCAAUUCGAACGUUUUCCGGAACGGAACUGGUGUUUUGAGGAAUGUGUCUGCAGCCUCAGUGAAUGCGCGUAAGAUGCUUCGAGCUUAUCCGAGACUAGUGGAUAGUCUGGUACAUUUCCUGUCGUGUGCAAUUCUCAGUAAUCACGUCGAUGCUCGUACUGUUGAAAAUGUUGUUUGCAUACUCAGAAAUCUUAGUUAUAGGAUACAAGAAGUGGAGGAUCCGAAUUAUGAUCCUCGAAUGGGUUCGUCGGAAUCAGGCGAUCGAAGUGCUCGUGAACGAAGUCGAUCGGCACCGUCAGGCAGUCCGAAACCACGGAAAAAAGAUGCAAAGAAGAAGAAAAAAGCGGUGUUAGGUAAUAAUGAUCCAAUGAAUCAACGUUUCGGUUCUGUAACGCAAUCACCUUAUGCAACUUUGUUUUCGUUGUUAGUUUUGUUAUUAUUUGUUUUGGUUGAGGGUGCCGAAUUAUUAUGGCAACCGGAACUAGUGAAGUUAUAUUUGAAGUUAUUGCAAGAAUCGUCGAAUUCGGACAUACUCGAGGCAUCAGCGGGAGCAAUUCAAAAUCUGGCAGCAUGCGACUUCGAGCCAUCUGUCGCGGUUCGUGCGUGUGUACGUACCGAAAAGGGUUUGCCAGUUCUGGUUGAAUUGCUGCGAUUGAAUGAUGACAAAGUGGUGUGUGCUGUCACUACCGCACUUCGAAAUCUGGCUCUCGAUCAGCGAAAUCGAGAGCUGAUUGGUAAAUACGCAAUGAAAGAUUUGGUUUCAAAACUACCAAGGCCUGAUCAAAAAGCUCGUGACGGUAGUGUAAGUGAUGCGACGAUUGGAGCUGUUUUGGGUAUUUUAUUCGAAACUGUCAAACAUUCGGCUGAUUUUACCAGGAAUGUUCAUGAAUGUGGUGGUACUGAGCGAUUACGAUACCUGGCUAGAUCUCAUCCAAUGUAUAGUGCACGAAUAUGUAAAUAUGCUUCGCAGGUACUUUACGUGAUGUGGCAGCAUAAAGAGUUACACGACGGUUUCAAGCGAGGAGGUUUGAAAGAGUCCGAUUUCUAUUCUGGAACAACGUCGCGCGCACGUGAUUCAACCACACUGGCUAGGCCGAUCUCAUCACAAGGCGCCGAAAGACCGGCGAAUUUGAGGAGUGAAAAUAUGGACGACUCAGGAAGUGGUGGUGCUGCAACAGGCCGAUACGGCACUAUGGGAAGCACUUUCUCUGUAAGCAUUUGGCUUAACUCUGUUCUCUUCUAUUUCACAUUGUUGGAGUUAUCGAAUGACGAGGUGGGUGGCGGAGGUUUAUCAUCUAAUCGAGAAACAGCGAUGAAGAUGUCAUCACCGGAUUAUUCGACAGCUUCGGCAGGAGGUCAGACAACGUCUUACACGGAUCGUUAUUCAGUGCCACCACAACAACAGCAACAACCAUCCAGUAGAAGCGUAACACCGCAGUCUGCAACAUCCCAUCAUCCACCACUUCUAAACACCUUUCAACAGCAGCAACAGCAACAGCAACAUCAGUUAACUCGAGUACAAGCGACUGCAUCACCUUCCAUGUCACAACAUUAUGCUACAUCACAAACUUUACUUCAUCAACCGGUUGACGAACCACUUUAUGCGUCUGUUCACAAACGAAACGGUCAUCGAUCGUCAACAGGUGCUGACAGUUGGGUGUAG